AUGCAUGACGGUUCAUCCACUGAAAACUCAGGUCAUCAGCUCCGGCUUUCUUUGGGGAUACAUCACUCACUCCACUGCGAAACCUCGUCUUCUUCGUCUCUCCGCUCUUCUUCACUCUUCACAUAUGCAGCUCUCUCCGGCGACAACAGUAAGCUCUUACUAUCCGCAAAGAAAGCCAGGAAAGCGACAGGGGCGGAGUUUGUUGUAUCGUUGUCCGGGAAUGACUUCUCGAGGAGUAGCAGUAAUUACAUAGGAAAACUGAGGUCUAACUUAGUGAUUCCCUGUCUAAUUUUCUGUCCACCAAGUUUACAAACCAAGGAAACAAGAAGAUGA